AUGUGGAAAGGAAAUGACACAGAAAUGACAGAUUUCACACUUCUGGGUUUCUUUCCUGAAUUUAAGUACAUCACAGCCAUGGUCUCCCUCAUUCUACUGAUUUACACAGCUGCCCUCACUGGCAAUACCCUUCUGAUUCUCCUCAUUGGGUUAGAUUCUCGGCUACACACCCCUAUGUACUUCCUGCUCAGCCAGCUCUCCUUGAUGGAUUUGAUGUUGACUUCAAGCAUCGUUCCCAAGAUGGCAGUCAACUUUUUUUCUGGAUGGAAAAGUAUCUCCUUCUUGGCUUGUGGGACUCAAAUAUUUGUCUCCCUAGCUGUGGCCAUUGCAGAGUGUGUUCUGAUAACACUCAUGUGCUUUGAUCGCUAUGUGGCCAUCUGUAACCCACUCCGGUACUCGCUCAUCAUCAGUCCUAAGGUUUGCUUGCAGAUGGCAGCCACGUCAUGGGCUGUAGGGACACUUACUUCCUUGGGUCACACUGCUUUCACCUUGCAUUUUCACAUCUGCAGUCCCAGAGAAAUCCCUCACUUCUUCUGUGAAGUCAUGGCUGUACUUAGGAUCGUCUGUGAAGAUAUCUCUGACUAUGAGAAGGCAGUGGUUGUAACAAGUAUCCUUGUUCUUCUGCUGCCUUUAUCUCUCAUCUUGUCUUCUUAUGUUCUCAUAUUCCUUGCUGUACUCAGAAUGAACUCCCCAGAAGGUAGGAACAAGGCUCUGGCUACCUGCUCUUCUCAUCUCUGUGUGGUUGGACUUUAUUUUGGUCCAGGUAUGUGUAUUUAUAUGAGACCUGGCUCUGCCAAGACACCUAAGCUGAAUCAAGGUCUCUUUCUGUUUGGAACUGUCCUCACCCCUCUCCUGAAUCCUCUUGCCUAUAGUCUAAGAAACAGGGAAGUUUUGAAUGCACUGAAAAAAUUGAUGGCAAGGUGUCAGUCCUCCCAGUAG